AUCUUAAAGGAUGGUCAAUCCUUUUGCCAGAUAGGAAAUUGGGGUUUGGAGAUUACAAGUGAAUCUUUUGGUAAAAACAAUACUUGAACAACUCACUCUUUGCAGUUUUUGUUAUUAUUUAGUAGUUGAGCUAUCCAUUUAACCAAAAUUUGAAAAGCAACAUCAAAGGCUUAAAGAAUACAAUACUUUCUAAACCCCUCACCCCCACCCAAAAAACUAAAAAACAAAAAGAAUAUAAAGGAAGGAAACACAAAGCUUUUCCCAACUCCUCUAAUAUAUACACCUCAACAAACACACAAGAACAAGGCCUUUACCCUUCUGAAUACAGAAACAUCAAGGAAUUCAAAUGGGAAAGACAGGCAAUAUCAUUAGAAGAUCAAUCUUCUGUUUCUUGCAGAAAUAUCAGUACUUUACUUCUAUCUCAGCAUUGUUAGCAUUCCCUUUCUCAGUUUCUCUUCUUCUCUCACAAACUUUUGUUCUUACUUCUUCAGUUUCUCUUCUUCCAAACAUAUAUUAUCACUUAAAGAUUCUUUUUGAUGCUGCUGGAUUCCCUCCUUCCUUGGAAUUCUUCUCAAUUUUCAAUCAGAAGCUUUCCCAAACAAUCUUUUCUUCCAUCUUCACUCUUCCUUUCACUCUUACUUUCCUUCUUAUUGCAAAAGCCUCUGUGAUUCAAGCUUUGAAAGAGACCAAACCAACAUUCCACCCUUCAUUUUCUUCUAUCAGAUCCCUUUACAAUCCACUUUUUUUAACCAACAUUUGCAACUCAAUUCUCAUACUCUCGGCAAAUGCAACAGUCUUUUCCAUUCUCUUCUUUGCUUUCAUUUGCCUUGAAGGAUCUGGCUUUUCUUCUUCCAACAGCUUUCUCUACCUCUCAUCAGUUGGAGCUGUCCUGUAUUCUAUAGUUUUGGCAAACACUUUGGUUAUCAGUAACUUAUCAUUGGUUUUAUCAGGCAUGGAAAAGCUUGGAGGUUAUCUAGCAAUACUUAAAGCUUGUGUUCUAAUUAGAGGAAAAACUUCCACAGCAUUACUUCUUGCUUUGCCAACAAAUUUAGCCAUGGCUGCAAUUGAAGCCUUGUUCCAAUACCGUGUAGUGAGAGCUUAUAAUGUUGUUGGAAGACUAAAUCUUUCCAUUCUGUCUGAAGGGAUUAUCAUUGCAUAUCUUUACUCGGUUUUCGUCGUCCUCGACACGACGGUUGGUUGUUUGUUCUUCAAGAGUUGCAAACCAGUUUAUUGGGUGGAUCUGGAAGGAAGACAAGCUCUUCAAAUAGACUUUGCUGAAGCAGACAGUGGUGAUUACAUGGAUUCAAAGGUUCAACAAAACUUUCAUUCAACAACGUGUGGAUAGGAUAAUCCAUUCAGCAGGACAAUCUGCGGGAAAAAAGUACAUAGAUUUCGGUUAAAGAAUGAGAAGAAGAAUCCAUGGAAAUCACUCAACAAGCAACACCUUUUUUUUUUCUCUUUUUUCCAAUACAGACAAGAAUCAGAGAAGAAACAAAGAUCCAGGAGCAGAAACCAUGUGAAAAUUUGUAACUGUUCCUUGAGUUCUCUCUGUUCUUGCCAUUUGUCUUAUCAUUUAUUUCAUCUUGGUGUUCGUAUUGUAGAUAGAUAGCCGACAGUUACAUUGUGGUAGAACAUACAGACCUUGAUUUAUCAGAAGCUUGACUGAAAAAUAAAAAUCAAUAGCUUGCGAUGUAGUUUAGCAGCCUCGAAAAGCUUGCUUCAAAUCUUCAAAUACAUGUAUUGAACAUCUAUGAUUCUUCUUUCUAAUAGAAAAGUUUGCGAUUGCCCACUUGAGAUUUGAGCAUUAUGUGGAGAAAAACAAUCAAUAGUUGACGAACCCAGAUGGGAAAUGCAUUCAAAAUAAAGCCUUGAUCUGAUCCAGACAUUGGCUCGGCACAAUCGUUGACUGUUAUCUCUGAAGCAAUUGGAAGAAAGAUAAUGGCGUCAAGAUUUGAGCUUUCAAAGUAAAUGGCUAGGAUUCAGAA